AAAGCAGAUGACCAGCUUAGCUACUGACCAUGCUGACCACUGUCCGGAAUUGGAUCAAAUCACACAAAAACAGCAAAUGGCCUUCUCUUAUAGAAUAUCAGAACAAAGCACAAUUCCUGAGCACAUUUUGCGGAGCUCAUUUGAUCACUUAAUCUUUGCUAAUUGGUCUGGAUUACAGACAGAAUCAAUACCAGAAGAAAUGAAACAGAUUGGUGAGCAACAGGGAAAUAAACCGCGCUGGGCUGCUCUUCUGAUACUCAUGGUGAUAAUACCCACGAUUGGUGGGAACAUCCUGGUUAUUCUGGCGGUUUCACUGGAGAAAAAGCUGCAAUACGCUACCAAUUAUUUUCUAAUGUCCUUAGCAGUGGCCGAUCUGCUGGUUGGAUUGUUUGUGAUGCCGACUGCCCUCUUGACAAUAAUGUUCGAGGCUGUGUGGCCCCUCCCACUUGUUCUCUGCCCUGCCUGGUUAUUUCUUGAUGUUCUUUUUUCUACUGCAUCCAUCAUGCAUCUCUGUGCCAUUUCAGUGGAUCGUUAUAUAGCCAUCAAAAAGCCAAUCCAGGCCAAUCAAUAUAACUCACGAGCUACAGCAUUCAUCAAGAUUACAGUGGUAUGGUUAAUUUCAAUAGGCAUUGCCAUUCCAGUCCCUAUUAAAGGCAUAGAAACUGAUGUGAAUAACCCAAGCAACAUCACCUGUGUGCUAACAAAGGACCGUUUUGGCAACUUCAUGCUCUUUGGCUCACUGGCUUCCUUCUUUACACCUCUGGCAAUCAUGAUUGUCACCUACUUUCUCACUAUCCACGCUUUACAGAAGAAAGCUUACUUGGUCAAAAACAAGCCACCUCAACGCCUAACAUGGCUGACUGUGUCUACAGUUUUCCAAAGGGAUGAAACACCUUGCUCAUCACCUGAAAAGGUGGCAAUGCUGGAUGGUACUCACAAGGACAAAACUCUGCCCAACUCAAAGAAUGAUCUGCUUAUGCGAAGAAUGUCCACAGUUGGAAAAAAGUCAGUGCAGACCAUUUCCAAUGAACAGAGAGCCUCCAAAGUUCUAGGGAUUGUUUUUUUUCUCUUUUUGCUUAUGUGGUGCCCCUUUUUUAUUACAAAUAUAACUUUCGUUUUAUGUGAUUCCUGCAACGAGACUACUCUCCAAAUGCUCCUGGAGAUAUUUGUGUGGAUAGGCUAUGUUUCCUCAGGGGUGAAUCCUUUGGUCUACACCCUCUUCAACAAGACAUUUCGGAAUGCAUUUGGCCGAUACAUCACCUGCAAUUACCAGGCCACAAAAUCAGUAAAAACUGUCAGAAAAUGCUCCAGCAGUAUCUACUUUCGAAACCCGAUGGCAGAGAACUCUAAGUUUUUCAUGAAACAUGGAAUGCGAAAAGGGAUUAAUCCUGCCAUGUACCAAAGCCCAAUGAGGCUCUGCAGUUCAACUAUUCAGUCUUCAUCAAUCAUUCUACUAGAUACACUUCUCCUCACAGAAAAUGAAGGUGACAAAACCGAAGAGCAAGUCAGUUACGUAUAGAAGGAAUGUCAGUUUUCAUCUAAUAUAACGAGUAUGGUGAUGAAGCAGAUAUAAAUGUGCCAAGAAUCGUAUAAAGAGGAACUUUAUGCCAUGUAUCAAAUCAUCUCUUUAUCGAGAUUAUGUAAUUUUCUUUAUUUGGACAAAACUACUCCAUGAAAAAAAAUCAUUUUGUACAGCUGCAAAUGAAAAUGACCUAGCACUCUG